AUGGCCUCUGGAGAAAUUCCAUAUCCUUCUCAAGUUGUUCACAUUGAUCCAGUUCUGCUUGCUGCUUUCAAUGAAGGAACGCUCCGGGAUUCCCUCAUGAGCCAUGUUGAAGGCCUGAUUGUUGCCAAGACUCGGGCUGAAGAAUGGGAACAGAACCGCAGCUUGCGUGUUGCCAGGCGGUUAGGAGAAGAAGACCGUGCUGAGAAGGAACGUGUUGAGAAGGAGAAGAAGAAGAAGAAAGCUCUGCUCGCUGAGCAGAUGAAACAAGCAGCCGAAAGCCUGAAGGCUGAUAAGGCUAAGAGUGAAGCAAGGAAGAAAGCCGCCGAGAAAAUGCCUGAAGUACAAGGCGGAAAUGAAGAAGUUGAUCGGGAGAAGACAGAAUAUGAGAAGACGAGGGAUGCAGCUCGUGAGACUCGUCGUGAGAUCGGCCUCAAGGCCAGACAUGACUCAGUUGUCCCCUCUGACACUGAAGAAAGUCAGGAUUUACCUUAG